AAGUGGGUCCAGGCCGUCUUACGUAGCUGCUGAUCCCGAUCCGAAACCGGAACGGGUCCUCGAUUAUUCACUUUCACCAUUCCCCAGCAUUGCCAAUUUGACCGCAAUCCGUCUACCAGGCCAGAGUGCGCCUGCUUUCACCUGUGCUCCUAAUCCCUACAUACCCCAGUCUUCUUCAAUCCAUGGUUGCGCCGUCACACACGUCAUAGUCACAGUCGAAUACAUCUCCCGUACCCGGGCACUUUUCCGACCAGCUCGCGCCGUAGUCGCAUAGAGCUUCACAAUGUCUACAACUCUUGGCUCCUUCAUCGCCGGCGGCAUAGCAGCAUGCGGUGCAGUCACAGUAACCCACGGCUUCGAGACCGUCAAAAUCCGUUUACAACUACAAGGCGAGCUUAAAGCGAAGACCGACGCGCCGCGGUUAUACAGAGGUGUCUUCCACGGUGUGAACGUCAUCUUGAAGAAUGAAGGACCAAGAGGAUUGCUACGGGGGCUUGGGUGUGCCUACAUCUACCAGAUGACCUUGAACGGCUGCCGAUUAGGCUUCUACGAACCCAUUCGCAAGACCCUCACCAACGUCGUCUACAGCGACGCGGCCGUACAAUCCUUUGGCAUCAACCUCUUUGCAGGUGCUUCAUCUGGCAUUCUGGGUGCAGCAGCCGGCUCUCCAUUCUUCCUCGUAAAGACGCGCCUACAAUCUUACUCACCCUUCCUGCCCGUCGGCACACAACAUAAAUACAAAAACGCCAUCGACGGUAUGCGACAAAUAUACAGCGCCGAGGGCAUCAAGGGCCUGUACAGAGGUGUAGGGCCAGCCAUGGUCCGCACAGGUUUCGGCAGCUCUGUACAACUUCCCACAUACUUCUUCGCCAAGAGGAGGCUGGUAAAACAUCUGGGUAUGGAAGAGGGAAUGCCGCUGCAUAUUGCUAGCAGUACCGCGAGCGGCUUCGUCGUAUGCUGUGUCAUGCAUCCUCCAGACACAAUCAUGUCGCGAAUGUACAACCAGACCGGCAACCUAUACACAUCGGCAUUCGACUGCUUGAGCCGAACAGUCAAGACAGAGGGUAUUUUCGCUCUGUACAAGGGCUACUUUGCCCAUCUGGCGCGUAUUCUGCCACAUACGAUCCUGACUCUUACACUCGCUGAACAAACCAUCAAGCUCAUGCGUUUGGUAGAAGACCGGAUACUGCCCGCAGAGACCAAAGCGAACAUGUGA